ACGCCGUUAGGAAGAAGCAUCCAAAAUCCAUGGCAGAGUCUUAUAUCUUCAAGCUGCUAACCUUGGUGUGUAAUCCAUGGUGAAUCCUGAAGGAGACGCUGAAGUCUUCUUCUUUUAUCUGCUCUCAUUUUCUCCACCAGAAAGACAGUCUAUCUCCCUCUGGUGCUAAAUGAAUUGUAUUGAAAAUUGAAUGUACAACAGAUUCAGAGUUAUGCUGGGAACAGCUUGUUUUACUCCUUCCCUUUCCCGGGCGUAUUGCCCUUUAUUUGCACUGUUUCUGAGAAUCCCCUCUGUUCAUCACCCGCAUCAUCCUAGCUCUUCUCCAUUUCGUGGGUACCAUAGUUCAUUACAAGUCAAAGGCACUCGAGAUAGACGACGUAUUCUUGUUGACCAAAACAGACAUCUCUGCACCAUACCCGAAGCUGCUAAACAACCACCAGCUUCCACUUCCGAAAACUUUUCAAGAAAAGCAAGGAAGAAAGCUAUUCAGCAGUCUCCCGAAUCAAUGCUCAAACAAAAGCUAGACAUGUGCUCUAGGAACGGCAAUGUCUUGGAAGCUCUUCGCUUGUACGAUGAGGCCAAACGCAACGGCUUGCAGCUCAGCCAGUACCAUUACAAUGUCUUGCUCUAUGUCUGCUCGUUGACUGAUGGAGAAACAGAGUAUCCUUCUGCGAAUCCAGGACUUAGUAGGGGUUUCGAUAUAUUCAAGCAGAUGAUUGUCGACAAAGUGGUUCCUAAUGAAGCUACCUUCACAAACGGUGCUAGGCUCGCUGUUGCUAAGGAUGACCCGGAGAUGGCGUUUGAUAUGGUGAAGCAGAUGAAAGCCUUUGGGAUUCAACCAAGGCUGAGAUCAUACGGACCAGCUCUUUUUGGUUUCUGUAGGAAAGGCGAUGCAGAGAAAGCAUAUGAAGUCGAUGCACAUAUGAUUGAAUCGGAGGUAGUCCCUGAGGAGCCUGAGCUUACUGCUCUUUUGAAAGUUAGUAUGGAUACAAAGAACGCGGACAAGGUCUACGAGACGUUGCAGCGGUUGAGAGAUUUGGUGAGGCAGGUUUCUAAACCGACUUUUGACGCGAUUGAGGAGUGGUUUAAGUCUGAAGCUGCUGCGAAAGCUGGAGCUGAGAAAUGGGAUGUGGAGAAGAUAAGGGAUGGUGUUGUGAGUGGUGGUGGUGGGUGGCAUGGGCAGGGUUGGCUUGGGACUGGGAAAUGGAAUGUGACGAGAACUGAGAUGGAUGAGAACGGUGUGUGUAAAUGUUGCAAGGAGAAGCUUGUUUGUAUCGAUAUCAAUCCGGUUGAGACUGAAAACUUCGCUGCUUCGUUGACUCGGUUGGCUUGUCAAAAAGAAGUCAAAGCUAGUUUUAAUCAGUUUCAGGAAUGGUUGGAGAGACAUGGACCGUUUGAUGCAGUCAUAGACGGAGCCAACAUGGGGUUAGUGAACCAGCGAAGUUUCAGCUUCUUCCAGCUUAACAAUGUUGUGCAAAGAUUUCAACAAAUUAGUCCAUCCAAAAGGUUACCCCUUGUGAUCCUGCACAAGAGCCGUGUAGUGGGAGGUCCAGCUACAUACCCUAAAAACAGAGCCUUGCUAGAGAAAUGGAAAAACGCUGGUGCUCUCUAUGCUACUCCUCCUGGCUCAAACGAUGAUUGGUAUUGGCUAUACGCUGCUGUAAGUUGUAAGUGUUUAUUGGUAACAAACGAUGAGAUGAGAGACCAUCUCUUUCAGCUACUGGGAACAAGCUUCUUCCCAAGGUGGAAAGAGAAGCAUCAGGUUCGAAUAUCUGUGUCAAGAGAGGAUGGACUCAAACUGCAUAUGCCACCUCCAUACUCCAUUAUUAUACAGGAGUCUGAAGAAGGAAGAUGGCAUGUCCCAAUGAGUGUAGAAGAUGAUCUCCAGACAUCAAGGCAAUGGUUAUGCGCCAGAAGAUCCAAAACACAUUGAACUUUCUUUUUUUUUUUUUAUUUGGGUUAAACCUUGUUGUAACAUCACCAACAUUGAUUGUUUUAGAAAUAGAUUGUUGUUUCAUUAAAAAACCAGACGAUAGAAUUAUUUAUAUCUCAUCACUUUUGAAAUAUCA